AUGCGACGGCCAGCUGUGACCGCCGCAAUGAUGGGGCCAGCGCACGCGGGGCAGGCAUUGGGCGAACGAACGCGCAGAAAUUCCAACUUCACGACCACAUCAUCAGCAAGAACAAGGCCAGUCAUUCAAUUUCGGCCGCGCGGGCACACACAGCAGAAGAUAAACCGAGUCGGCUAUUCCGCCGGAUACAAGGAGCAAUAUAGGCCGCCAGAUGAAGAGAUGAUGGCCUGCAGAGGACAAUACUCCGAUAUGAGACGGACAUUCCAGCGAGAAUCGGCUGUUUUCUUUGCAGCUCGCUUGUUGCAGAUAGUCCCCACAAACAGGAUCGUAGUCUAA